AUGAGCAUCCGUAGUGGCGGCAUCCAAAGGUCUCCUACCAAAGAGCUGGUUCAAAAGAUCGACACUUGGGCCAACGCUACUGUAGCCUUGCCGUGCCUUUCCCUUCGUCCCCAUUUCCCCCCCGGCGCAUUUGGCCCUGUGCGUGGGCACGUUUGCCGUUGUUGUUUCUAUCGGGCAACCUUCCGACUAACUGGUGUCAAAUGA